GACGCUAAACAACCAACCAAUCUUCUUCGCCUUCACGCCUUCGCCUGGAUCAGCGCCAGAACCAAUGUCAUGUCGUUGCCCGACACUCUUGCAAGACAACGACGUCGUCAUUGUCAAGCGCCGCUGCAAGAUGACCAACGCCUUGGCUUCCAUCUCCCCGUACUACUUAAUUUUUUUUUUACCUUUUUCCUUUUUUGCUACCUUACCAGUACGAGCACUCGUAUAUCACAUACGGGCCGACGACUGUAACGCAAAGCCGGGAGCGGCGCUCUGCUACCUUACCUACCUAACCUUGCCUGCUAGCUCCCUCCUUUGAUGCUUACCAAGUGUGCACAAGCAGCAUUAUGAUCACCACUAGUAAAGUCAAACCAGCACAAAGCACAACUACUACCCUCGGAGCUGCUACCAGUAAUAGCUCGUGCUACCCAAUUCUCGUCAGCAAAGUGUGGAG